UGAUGAGUAGAUGGGAUACUAUCAAAACACAGUGUUCCACUUUUGCUGGAUACAUGAUGGCAGUCCUCCGACAGAAUCCUAGUGGACUCAGUGACGCAGACAAGACAUCACUGGCAGCUUCUAGGUUUGCAGCAAUUGAGAAGAAGCCUUUCCACUUUUUACACUGUUGGGCCAUUCUUAAGGACCAACCAAAAUGGAUGGACAACCACAUGGGUCAACAACAACAGCAAGCCAACGCUAAUCCCACACAUUCUAACACUGUCGAUUUGGAUGCAGAAGAAUCUGUACCAUCAAGCUUCACAUCCAAGAGGCCCCUUGGUCGAGAUUCUUCGAAGGAAAAGGCAAAGAGGACUAAAUCUGUGGACACAUCUUCAUCAGAUUCUGAGUUUAUGACACGCAUGGGUGAUCUUUCUUUGGAGCGCCUGUCAGUGUACAAAACAGCUGUUACAACUGAGGAAAAGAAGUUGGAUUCAAUGAACAGAAAUGAGAGGCAGAAAUUGCUCCUUGAAAAGAAGUUGAACCUAGAGAAAUUAAGGCUUGAAAGGCAGAAACUAAAGGAGGACAAGGAAGAGGAGAUAAUGAUCUUAAGCAUGGAUUUGAGCAAAUGUAACCCUCUCCUCCGCCAGUACUAUGAAGCCAAGCAACAAGAGAUACUGGCAAGGGUUACUGGGUCUACUUCAUCUGGCCAGUGAAGGUUCCUUACUUAAUAUGUUUGUUUGUCAUUUAUGAAUGAGGCGUACUCGGACUUGUUACUGUGAGGUUGCUGUCGUCAGAUCGUAAUCUGGUUUGUACCAGAUUUUUUAGGUCGUCUUUGAACUAUUUGUUUUCAAGUUAUUGUUUUGAACUAUUUGUCAUGGUUUGUACCUGAAUGUUUUACUAUAUGUGUUGAACUAUUUGGUUUCAUGAACUGUGAGCUUGGUGCA